AAUAUCCACAACAGAAAAUUCGGCGUGUAAACAAGUGAACUUAUUCAUAGGUCAGAAGUGUACUGUAGUUAUUGUGUAUGCUGAUGUGUGUGAUCACCAUGUAGUGAGAGAUUCAGAGCGAUUUACAGACCUGAGGCGGUACCGCAUACCUCAAAAUGUUCUACAUAAUUAAUGUGGAGAUCAUGACAGUUUGGUGUAUAUUGUGUUCAUAAUGGUACAAGCUUGUACUACUGAAGUGGGGUCGUGGGAUGAAUGUUUUCCACUUCAUAUUUUAGUUGCUGUGUAUUCGUGGCACGUAUAGGACAUAUAUUACAACGGAUGUUAUUAUCGUAACAGUUUUACAAUAACUUCCAAUGGAAUCGGGAGAUAACAGUUGCCCAUCUCAUGUCAAGAAAGUGGCACUUAUUACCGGCAUCACGGGACAGGAUGGGUCUUAUCUGGCAGAAUUUCUCCUAAGUAAAGGCUAUGAAGUCCAUGGCAUUAUACGACGUGCAAGUACAUUCAAUACUGCUCGUAUUCAGCACCUUUAUGCCGAUCCUAUGUCUCAUCGGGGGGGAAAAAUGCAAUUGCAUUAUGGGGAUAUGACAGAUAGUAGUUGCCUCGUUAAGAUUAUCAGUGCAGUGCGACCCACAGAAAUAUAUAAUCUGGCAGCACAAAGUCAUGUGAAAGUAUCAUUCGAACUUAGUGAAUAUACAGCAGAAGUGGAUGCUCUAGGAACACUGAGACUGCUGGACGCUAUCAGAACAUGUGGCUUAGAGAAAUCCGUCAAGUUUUAUCAAGCGUCUACUUCAGAACUGUAUGGAAAAGUACAUGAAAUUCCCCAGACAGAAACUACUCCAUUUUAUCCUAGAUCUCCAUAUGCUUGUGCCAAAUUGUAUGGAUACUGGAUUGUCGUGAAUUAUCGGGAAGCAUACAAAAUGUUUGCCUGUAAUGGAAUACUUUUUAACCAUGAGAGUCCACGAAGAGGUGAAAAUUUUGUAACAAGAAAAAUUACAAGAUCUGUAGCAAAGAUUAAAUUAGGACAGUUGGAAUAUGUUGAGCUUGGCAACCUGGAUUCCAGGAGGGACUGGGGCCAUGCAAAAGAUUUUGUAGAGGCAAUGUGGCUUAUACUUCAGCAGGAUUCGCCAGACGAUUUUGUGAUCGCAACCGGUGAGACACACAGUGUGCGAGAAUUUGUUGAAGCUGCAUUUAGUUACAUAGGAAAAGAAAUUGUAUGGAAAGGGAAAGGUGAAACUGAAGUUGGUCAAGAAAAGGACACAGGCAUUGUUAGAGUGAAAGUGAAUCCUAGAUACUUCCGUCCAACUGAAGUGGAUCUGCUUCUAGGAGAUGCCACUAAAGCUCGUGAAAAAUUUGGAUGGAAACCAAAGGUAACAUUUAAGGAGUUGGUGAAAGAUAUGAUGGAAUCAGAUUUGGAAUUAAUGAAGAGGAAUCCAGUUGCAUAACAGCUCUUAAAAUUGCAUUUUCACUAAACGUGAUGUGUCUUGGGUGAAUGAAUGCAUACAUAUACAUGCAAAACUUUUACCAGAUGCCUGCUAUGGUAGGAAGAGAGUUUUCAGUUUCAGAAGUGCAGUAAAUGCAAAUAAAUCGUUGUUGAACACAGUGGACACAAAGUUACUUCUUAGAAGUGGUUGAAAGUAUAAGCACAAAAGACACUGAUUUCUUUAUAUGGUGUUGGUAGAUAAGAACUGAUAUAUAUUCUGCAUGAGCUUGCCAUGUUUUGCAUAAAACAUUUUAGUGAUAAAGUAGACAUGAUUCUGAAUUCAUUUGUUAACAUUUUGACUCCUAGCGGCACUUCUCUGCCUACCCAGCGAUUUUUUGCUGUACGGUAGCUUUCUAUGGUAUUUCAUGACAAAGAUGCAAGUAGAAAGUGCUCUACAUGCAUCUGUGGAUUCACAAAAGGUGCACAGUUUUCCAAGAGAGGAUAAAGCUACUUGCUCCAAGUGCGUUCUGAGGGGGACUAUUUUUCAGGUUUAUUAUGGUAUCCUGGAUAAAAUCCUGGGAAAUGACACCAACCUUUGAUAGGAAGCGAAAUUGUGAAGUCGACUCCUAUUAAUACUGUAACGUGUUGCGUUACUGAAGACGCCGUAGAGAUGGUUAAUUGGUUUAUUCAACAAUCUACAA